ACUUUAUUCCCAGAUGUAAUUCAAGGUGUUUUUAUUUGCACAUGGCACCUUAGAAAUAGCCCAUGGAAUUUUUUUGUAGAUGUCAUACAAUAGCCCUUCCAAAGACCUUCAAAAUUAGCUCAAACUCUUUCUCAAGGUGUUUCAUGGUAAGAAAUUAUGAAUUAAAAACGCCCAAAACCGUCCCUUAUUACCCUGUUAGAUAGUACUAUCUAAUGCUAUAAAAUCAACCUUACAGUUAUGCUAAAAUAAUAUUUUAUUUGAUUUUUUUAGGAUAAUGGAGUUGAUAGAUAAUCUGCUACUCUGCAGGGAUAGCCUGGGCUAAGUGGUGAAUCUCCUCUUUGUUCUAAACAUAGAAGUUUUCAGUGAUGAAAGAGAACCUCCCAUUGUGGAAUGACUAACCUUCAAGUCUACAAUGUACACUAAAAAAAAGUUCUUGGAUGUUCCUGAAUGCCUUCUGCUAGAAUUAGAAAAUUUGAAGAGUGAAGUUCAAGUUCUGCGGUGCACAGUGGACAGCAAAAGUAGAGCAGUUGUCAUUUUGCGUAAACAAUUGGCCGCAGUCAAGGAACAUGCUGGAAUUUUAGAUACCCGCCAUCAAGGAACACAAACUGACUCAAAGCCUACCUUGCAUGAAUCAGGCUCAGGCAGUCCUGAGCGUGAGAGCCCCCACAGCAGCAGCAAUGUGCUGGCUGAGCUGCUGUCCUCGUGCAAGAGAGAGAAUAAAGCCUUGCGGCAGGAUAUCCUGAAUCUGAAAUGUAAACUGCAUGAUGCCCAGACAGACUUGAAGGCAGUGCGUCAGGAGAUCCCAAUGCUAGUGGCAGGGAGUGGCUCGGGACUUGCGGCACCAGGACCGCUGCAGCAGCAAUGGCAGCGACAAGAACGUCUCCAUCUCAUAGCUCAGUUAGAAACACUAACAGAUAAAGAAUAG